CCGCCCCCCCUUUUUAUUUUCUGGCGGGCUGUAGAGGACGGAAGAGCGAAAGUGAUGGUGAGCGAGGACUGCGAGGCCGAGUUCCCCGAGCGGUUCCGCUCCUACUCGGAAAACGACAAGCACUGGCAGGCGCGGCGUGCGUUCAUCGUGCGCAAUUAUCCGCCGGGAGAUGGGGAGGCGCUCUCUCCGCUCCGCGUGGACCAGCUGCUCUCGCUCUCUAUGGUUUGGGCCAAUCACAUCUUCAUGGGAUGCAGCUACAACAAAGAUCUCUUGGAGAAGGUAACUGAAAUGGCUGAGGGAAUUGAAGUUGAAGAUGCACCACAUUUCACAACCCGCGAUGAAUUAAUGAAAAAGGGAAAAGUGUGAAUACAUUCAUACAGCUUUAGGGAAAGCUGAAAAAAACUAGAGAAUCAACACUAGUGUCCAAAAGAAGAGAUGUGAGGCUUUCAUUAUGCCACACCAUCGGCGUAACAUGGAAGACUGCAAUCCUGAUACUGCAAGAAGGAUCACUUCCAAGAUGCAUUUUCAAUAAGGCUAUAUUUACACUGGAUACUGAUUUUAAUGGGUUUUUUUUUAAUUAAAAAAAUGUAUAUCUUGAUUCAGAUUUUAAAA